CUGUAUAUGAAAAGUGCCCUGAGAUAACUGCUGUUGUUAUAUAGUUGUGACUUGGUUUGACCCUGACUUUUCACCGCAGUUUGUGGUCAGGAUGUUUGUCUUCCUGCUGUACCCAGACUGCACCGACAGAUGGCGCCGUCCUCUCCGGCUCGGGAUUAUUACAGCUGUGCCGACCGUCAGCCAGUCCGGGAGGAUUUCUUCGAAAGCCCGGAGCUCGGCUGAACGCGGCGCGGUGUGUUUUUCAGAGGGCGUCCCGUCGGUUUUCAGCGACUGUGGACUUCACCGUGUGUGGGACUGUUGUUCGCGGAGGAGACCCGGAGGACUGCUGUCCUCCUCACUAGCGCUCAACACCAUGGCUGCUGCUCUCACCAUGCUCCUCUUCUUCUUCCUUCACGUGUCCACUGCUGUAGUGGUGGAAUCAGCCCCUGAGCAAGUCCCCCCCAAGAGACACCCACACCUCACUGGCUGUGUCUCCGCCAACAUGGAGACCUUCCGCUGCAGAUGGAACGUCAGCACUUUCCAGGACGUCUCUGAGCCAAGAGAGCUCAGCUUAUUCUACAUCAACAAAAAACCCCCCCAUGCCCCUCCUAAAGAGUGGAGUGAGUGUCCUCACUAUAGCACGGACCGGCCAAAUGAGUGCUUCUUCAAUGAGAACCACACAUCCAUCUGGACAUUUUACAGAGUUCAGCUCCGCUCGAGGGAUCAAGCCAUCCUCUACGAUGAGUAUCUCUUCAACGUUCAAGACAUCGUGCAACCGGAUCCUCCAGUCAGCCUGAACUGGACGGUGCUGAACGUGAGUUUGACCAGCUCUUACUAUGACAUCAUGCUGAGCUGGAAGCCGCCUCAGUCUGCAGAUGUGGAGAUGGGGUGGAUGACACUGCAGUAUGAGGUCCAGUACCGCGAUGUCAGCUCCGACCAGUGGGAAGUGGUCGACCUUGUGAAAAGCACCCAUCGCUCCCUUUAUGGACUGCAAACUAACGUCAAUCAUGAGGUUCGGGUCCGCUGCAAAAUGUUCAGCGGGAAAGAGUUUGGAGAAUUUAGUGACUCAGUCUUUGUCCACAUCCCAUCUAAAGUGUCGAGAUUCCCAGUGGUGGCCUUGCUCAUCUUUGGCGCCUUGUGCUUGGUGGCCAUCCUGAUGUUAUUUAUCAUAUCGCAGCAGGAAAAGUUGAUGGUUAUUCUUUUACCUCCUGUUCCUGGACCUAAAAUAAGAGGAAUUGACCCAGAACUGCUGAAGAAAGGGAAGCUGAGGGAGCUGACGUCCAUCCUGGGCGGCCCCCCUGAUCUGAGGCCCGAGCUAUACAACAGUGACCCCUGGGUGGAAUUCAUCGAUCUGGACAUCGAGGAGCAGAGCGACAGGCUGACAGACCUGGACACGGACUGCCUCAUGCACCGCUCCCUGUCGUCCAACUGCACUCCCCUCUCCAUCAGCUUCAGAGACGAUGACUCGGGCCGGGCCAGCUGCUGCGACCCAGAUCUUCCCAGCGACCCAGAAGCAUCGCCUUUGCCUCCUCUCACCCCAGAUCAAACGCAGUGCCCGACAGCCUGCGAGCCAAGCUCCCAGCCCCAGACCCCCAUCACUGGGGAGCCUCCUUUUGUAGCACCAGGCAGAGAGGCGUUUUACACCCAGGUCAGUGAGGUAAGGUCGUCUGGUAAGGUGCUGCUGUCUCCUGAGGAACUGACUGAGGUGGAGAAAACCACUAGAAAAGACACAGUGACAGAAAAGCAGAAAGAAAAGAAAGAGUUUCACCUCCUGGUGGAGAAUUCAAAUCCUGGGGGUUACACCUUAGAGCUCAACGCAGGAAAAAUGAGCCCAAGAUUGUCCACAGGAGACAUGAACGGGCCCUACCAGACAGGAGGAGACUUAAGCUCUUUGACGUCCCCGUCGUCUCACCAUGAAUCAGAUACCACCCCCACGUCCCCUCUUCCCCCUGCUCCUGUCUACACUGUGGUGGAGGGUGUUGACAGGCAGAACAGCCUCCUACUGACACCGAACGCGACACCUGCUCCUCAGCUGAUAAUCCCAAAGACCAUGCCCACACCAGACGGCUACCUGACCCCUGACCUUUUGGGAAGCAUCACACCAUAGAUCAGCAGUGAACUGAUACAAAUUCAAUCAAAGGCAGAGAUACUCUAAGCUUGGGAACAGUCCCAGAGAUUUACUAUUGAGGGUCCCAGUGUUGAGCGAUGAAUGUCAGCUCUCCUAAAAUAGUCGAGGGCAGGAAUCUUCGCCUGUCCUGCCACCACCUCUACCUCCUCUGGCUUCCCGCUGCUCCCUCUGACGGGGCUGUAAAGUCGACACAGUUGGAAGUUUGGUAUGAAGGAGGAAGAGCACACAAGAGUGUGACUGACUACAGUCAUGGAAAAGGAACUGUUUGAAGGGAGAUAACACAAACUGGUGCUGGAAAUAGCCUCAAAAACUUAAUACUCACCUAAAAACAGGUAUACAUCGAUACUUACUGAAAAACUCUUUGCUAAAGCUGCAUGGAUUACAUUUUUGACCACUAGAGGGCAGAAGAGCUCCAUAGCAAACUGAGAGACACAAUCCAAGUGCUUUAAUUAGAAAGGUGUUUUGGCCAAGGUGUAAGACAACAUUUAAAUUUCAUUUAGACUUGUGUUUUUGUCCAAAAUCCUGAGAAAAGUAUCUGGGUCUUUUGCUGCUAAAUGCUCCACCUUCUUCACCAGCUCAUCGCUCAAGUUGUCUGUCGGCUGUUGCUACGAGCUUAAGAGCUUUGUAGAGCUGCAGAAUUGUUGGUAAUUCCCUGUGGUUUUGUCAGUACAAGUAACACGUUUCACAUUUCAGGUAGUCAUUUAAUUAAACGUCACAAUAGAUAUAUGGACUAAUGAACCAUUACAUUUUUCCUACCAUUUUGUACAUAUCAAAAGCUUUCUUUUUUGAUAAAAACAGGUUGUAUAUAAUUAAUAUGCUGUGUGAAAAAAUGUCUGUUGACAUUGAUUAGUCUGCCCUCUUUUUAUGAAUCCAGCAUUUUUAUGCUUUCCAUCAGUUCCAUAAGUGUGUUUUCCAUUCAGUUCUUUUCAGGCUUUUCAGUUAAGAUCAAUGCUGUCAUAACAAAAAUGUGUAAAUCAGAUAAAAAUAAGUGACCUAUCUAGCCUUGUUGGGGUUCAUAUAUCAUGUUAUUGCCAUCACAUGUAAGUAAAAUAAAGCAUGAGCUGUACACAGUGUGCAAAAUUAUUAGGCAGAUGAGUAUUUUGACCACCAUCCUUUUUAUGCAUGCUGUCCUACUCCAAGCUGUAUAGGGUUGAAAGCCUACUACCAACUAAGUAUAUCAGGUGAUGUGCGUGCGUCUGUGUGAUGAGAAGGGGUGUGGUCUAAUGACAUCAACACCCUAUAUCAGGUGUGCAUAAUUAUUAGGAAACUUCCUUUCCUUUGGCAAAAUGGGUCAGAAGAGAGAUUUGACGGACUCUGAAAAGUCUAAAAUUGUGAGAUGUCUUGCAGAGGGAUGCAGCAAUCUUGAAAUUAGCAAGCUUUUGAGGUGCGAUCACAGAACAAUCAAGCGUUUCAUGGCAAAUAGCCAACAGGGUCGCAAGAAGCGCGUUGAACAAAAAGGUGCAAAAUAACUGCCCGUGAAUUGAGGAAAAUCCAGUGUGAAGCUGCAAAGAUGUCAUUUGCCACCAGUUUUGCCAUAUUUCAGAGCUGCAAUGUUACUGGAGUGUCAAAAAGCACAAGGUGUGCAAUACUCAGGGACAUGGCCAAGGUAAGGACUGCUGAAAAACGACCACCAUUGAACAAGAAACACAAGAUAAAACGUCAAGACUGGGCCAAAAAAUAUCUUAAGACUGAUUUUUCUAAGGUUUUAAGGUCUGAUGAAAUGAGAGUGAGUCUUGAUGGGCCAGAUGGAUGGGCCGUGGCUGGAUCAGUAAAGGGCAGAGAACUCCACUCCGACUCAGACGCCAGCAAGGUGGAGAUGGGGUACUGGUAUGGGCUGGGACCUUUUCGGGUUGAGGAUGAAGUCAAACUCAACUCCCAGUCCUACUGCCAGUUUCUGGAAGACACCUUCUUCAAGCAGUGGUACAGGAAGAAGUCGGCAUCUUUCAAGAAGACCAUGAUUUUCAUGCAGGACAAUGCUCCAUCACAUGCAUCCAAAUACACCACAGCGUGGCUGGCCAGUAAAGGUCUAAAAGAAGAAAAAUUAAUGACAUGGCCCCCUUGUUCACCUGAUCUGAACCCCAUAGAGAACCUGUGGUCCCUCAUAAAAUGUGAGAUUUACAGGGAGGGAAAACAGUACACCUCUCUGAACAGUGUCUGGGAGGCUGUGUGCAAUGUUGAUCAUGAACAGAUCAAGAAAUUGACAGAAUCUAUGGAUGGAAGGCUUUUGAGUGUCCUCGUAAAGAAAGGUGGCUAUAUUGGUCACUGAAUUGAUUUUGUUUUUUGAAUGUCAGAAAUGUUUAUUUGUAUAUUUUCAGUUGUUAUAUUGGUUUACCUGGUGAAAAUAAAUAAGUGAGAUGGGUAUAUAUUUGUUUUUUAUUAAGUUGCCUAUUAAUUCUGCACAGUAAAAUUUACCUGCACACACACUAAGCCUCCUAUAGCCCAAACUAAAAAAGCCCCACUCCAACUUCCAGAGAUAUUCAGCUUUGAUAUUAUGCGUAUGUUUGGGUUGAUUGAGAACACAGCUGUUGUUCAAUAAUAAAAUUAAUCUUCAAAAAUACAACUUGCCUAAUAAUUCUCUACCCCCUGUAUGUAAAAUGAUAAACUGGAGCAUACAACAUUAGAUUCUUAUCUUACUUUGAUGCCAUUACAUACCAUGUUUGUCACUUAUGGUCAAAACUGUGAAAUGUUUUCAGAGCUGACAGAUAAAAUAAUGUGUCUUUUGCUCGGUCAGUAUUUGUUUUUGAAUGCAUGGAAUAUAAAAGUUUAUCUUUUUCAUUUGUUUCUGAUUAACAAUGCAUUUGAAUGCAAAUGAAAAGUUACGGGUGCAUGGUCAUCAGUGUUGAAUAUGUACAGUUAUUGCAUUUUAACUGUUCAAAGGUGUCAAUUAAACAAAUUUCAUACUUGU